UUCAGAGACCAGCAGAUAACCCAAGAGUGUCUGGGGCGUAGGCACACUGACCCAACCAAACUCUGGGCUUCUCUACGUUCUGUUUCAGCACCGACAAGAGUACUUCGGUGCCUCAAGUGCGCCUCGUUUCAGCACUAUGGAGAGCUCUAGCCUUAUGAUGAGUUUGCUGUGUGCCAGCCUCGUGUUGGUCCUUUGCUAUGGACAGUCCUCUAGAGAACUAUCCACGGAGGAAUUCGCAGCCAAGAAAUCUCCGUCUUCUACAGAGAAGGAACUGGUGGAGGCGAUGGAGGAACUUCUGGGGAAAGUCCAGAGCAGAUUUCCUUCCUACGAGAAGAAAGCGGCCACCAUUCCUAUGUGUGAUGUCGGAGAUCGCUGUGCACUGAGGCAAGGUCCCAGGAUUGGGAAGCUGUGUGACUGUGCCAGAGGGAGCAUCUGCAACUCUUUCCUCCUCAAGUGCAUCUAGAUACCCUCUUCUCCAGCACCCCUAGAGGAAAAUGCCAGAACUGCAUCUGAAACACAGCCAGCCUGUCUGAUAUCCAUUUGCCAUCACCUGCAGUGCUAAACACUGUAGGAUCCAUUCAUACAGUGAUCAUAACACAAGUGCUAUGUGCUAAUGACUGUGUCCUCUGUCUAUGUGCUAAUGACUGUGUGCAUUUUUUGUCUGAUUUUCUAAAGCUGAAACAUGCUAUUACUGUAUAUUCAUUUUAAAUUUAUUAGAUGUAUGCUUUAAAAAAACAGGUAGCAUUAAAUUGAUAUAAUACAAUGUAUGAAAUUAUUGUAUGUGUGGAACUGAAAUUCCUUGGCUAAAAAUAAAAAUGCAUUGCUAAUCUCAACUGA